ACUCAAAAACCUAGUGAGGUUCAUAAUAACCACAGUUGGAAAAAAUCUCUAUAGAAAGAAGAAACGAAAAGUAAGAGAUUGGCUCAUCGAGGAAGAUGAUUUUGAGAGGUGGCAACGGAGGAGUUGCAUGGGAUGAUGGUGUCUACGAUGGUGUGAGGAGGAUACUUGUAGGACAAGGAAACGAUGGUGUAGCCUUUGUCAAGUUUGAGUACAAUAAAGGAAAAGAUCUUGUAUCCGGAGAUGACCAUGGGAAGAUGACAUUACUUGGAACUGAAGAGUUUGUGCUUGAAGAUGGUGAAUAUCUAACAGCCAUAGAUGGCUACUACGAUAAGAUUUUCGGAGUCGAGACACCGAUGAUAAUCUGUCUUCAGUUUAAGACGAAUAAAAGGGAGUCAACUCCGUUUGGAAUGGACUCCGGUGAGAAGUUCUCACUCGGAGAGAUAGGCCACAAGAUCGUCGGAUGCCACGGACAAGCUAGUGAUGUUGUUCACAGCAUUGGAGUCACUGUCGUACCAAUCGCCACCACCAAGUGAAAAACCUUCUAUUAUAUUAGUAAAACCAGCCACUGUCAUGUCGACAAAAUAAACUUCCAAUAAGGAUUGGUGUGUGUUCUCUUUACUCUGCUACUUUUAUGUGUUUGUAACUUACUGUUUCUGUCAAAUGUGUCCAAUAAGAUUGGUGUGUGCUCUCUUCAACCAUUCAAUAAAUCUACCAUGAGCCG